UCCCUGUCCAUGAUGGUAAACAAGCCCUCGGCUAGCUAUUUAGCAAGCUCAGCUGUCAGGGUUUGGACAGCGGGGGAACUGUGAGGGGAAAAGCUAACUGGAAGAUUAACUCGCCAUUACACCGCGUAUGUAUUCUCACGUUUCUGCCACAUUUGAAAAUCUGGUUAAGCUAGAAAAAGAUACUAAACUAAGAAAAACGCAAUUUUCCACUAUCACAAGCAGCUACACAUUAGCGCAUGUUGGGACUCCUGAACGACGCGCAUAUAAAACCGUUGCUAUUUAUAUUUUGUCACGAUACAUACAUAUAUAUAUUUAAUACAUUUAUAUUAACGUUAUGUUUUUCGUAUCGCUUGGAAAGCGCCGAAACCGCCGCCGCUGUCAUUAUUUUUCGCCACACAUUUUCGCAAUAGUGCUUCUUUUUUUUUGACAGCAAGUUUUUUUUUUUUCCCCAAGUCGGACGGUAAAUACGGCCGUGCUCGAGCGUGACGUCACUUCCGCAACAAACAGCCGAGUUACUGAGAGGACUACGAGGUAACGUAAUGCCCAGCCCGGUGUUGACGAUUAAUGUGGUGUGGGUUUAAUUGCACCGAGAGGAUAUAAAACACGUUAAAAGGGUUAUAACAUUAUAAUGACGCACGCGUAAUGCGGUCAGCUGGCUAGAGAGCUGAAGCUGCCAGUGUGAACGCCUCGACUGAGCUCAUCUUGCUGUCUGGAUUACACUCAAAAGAAAGUGAACCUGUCUUAUCUCCUUCCAUCACAAUGAGCCGGGACGUUCCCAUCCACAGCUGGCCAGGCUCCUAUUACAUCAACAGUGAGAAACGGUGGGAAAACGGAACCCUCUCUCUCACCAGAACCACGGUGUGCUUCGUCUCCAACCAGAGCAAGGAGAGUCUUGCCAGCUUCCGUCUCUCGAGGAUUGUGGAGAUCAAGAUGGAGUCAUCUAGUUUCAUCUUCAGCACUCUCACAGUACUUGAAGAAGGCAACGUGAAACAUUGGUUUGGUUCCCUUAAGCCCAACAGGGUGGUGGUUUAUAAUGUGUUAGAGCAUUUCUGGAGAGAGCGGCUUCUCUCUCCCAGCUCAGAAGCCCAGCGGGCUGAGGCUCAGCCUUCGAAGGGAAGAGAGCUGAUCAGCCUGGUGGCAGGGGCCCAGAAAAGAUUGGAGGACACUGGCAGAGUCCUCGGCCAUCAGGGAGAGCAGUUUGACAAUAUGAUGCAGGGCCUGGAGAAGAUUGACUCUGACUUGGGCGUGGCUGACAAGCUUCUGUCAGAACUGGAGUCUCCUUCCUGGUGGCCUUUUGGUAAACUCCCCUGGAAGACCCAGCAGGAUGCAAAGGCCGAUGAUGCUGCGAGAGCUGCAGCUGCUGUUUCUUCUUCAGCAGCCAGGGGCUCCAGCAGAAAUAAGUUAAUCACAAGCAUCCCAGCAGUGCUGUCCAAAGGUGGAGAAUCGGACUUGAAGCCUGGAUGUUUGUCGGUGCUAGUGUCCUCGCUGGAGGUGCGAAACACAAACUGCCAGCUCCUUCACAGAUUUGAGCGAAAUGAAAUUGAUGAAAUCAGGGUGCACAGCCCCUAUGAGAUUACAGUCAGGCAGCGUUUCAUCGGGAAGCCAGACAUAUGUUACAGGCUCCUGUCCGCCAAGAUGCCAGAGGCUUUGUCCGUGUUAGAGAUGCAGUACAAAAAGAAGAUAGAGUUCACAAGCGAAUACACAGAUUUUAAGACAACUCCAGUUUCAUCGCCACGUGACACAGAAGGGAAAAGCUGGACUGAAGGUUUACUGCAGACGUGCCAAGAGACAGAGCUCCCACUGGAGGUCCCCGCUGGAGAGCUGUCCCAGUUGCAGGUGCAUGUCUUCCAGCCAUCUGUCAGUCAGGCUGAGGCCCAGGAACUCAAACAGAUGCUUAUGCAGCUAAAGAACCUUGCCUUGGAGGCCGAAACUGAGCUGGAACGCCAGGAUGAAGCCCUGGAUGUCCUGACGAGCUCCACAGACCGGACCACCAUGCACAUAGAGAAGCACACCUGUCGCAUGAAAAGACUGCUGUAGUCCUGACGCUUAAGGAGAUGCACAUAGGCUCAGUGUCCUGAGAAAAACACCGUAAACCUUCUUACUGUUCACAUGCAGUUUGAGAACCAUGAAAAACGCACAUCAACAAGGACUUGUGUGUAGUCUCAAAAUUAAUUUAGUUGCAUUUGAUGGCCACUAAUUCUUGGGAAGUACAGCAAUGGCCACUUAAAACAAGACCUCUUUAAAGUUUUCACUUUGGUAUUAAAAAGAACACAAUUGUUUGUUUUAGAGAAAGUAGAUAACAUGUGGCCGUGCACAUUUCUACAUGAGAAAACUUGAACUUUUUGCUAAAUUGCAUCGUAUCAAUUCUAAAUUUGCCCUUCUCAGUUGGAAAUGGUCAAAACAUUCAAUUGGCCAUAGCACGAGUAAAUGCUCUCCCUGUGAAUGCAUAUUUUUCAGCUGUGGCCUUUGCAUUUGGCUUUAAUUCUCUCAGCUGCACAACAUUUUGAAAGGCAGAUGUCCUCUGAAUACUGGCAAACAGGUGUUAGUAUAUAAGCCUAAUCGGCACAUGACAGAAAAAAAAUGUAGCCAGUUAACCCCAAUUUAAAAUAUUACCAGUGGGAACCCAAUGAUGGAGCACAUAGAUUUUAAUGCCCCAGUGAUUUAUACCAAUCAGUCGUGUCACCUGAGUGGGAGGUGGCAGGAAUCUCAAGUGCACGUCGUGCAGGUGAAAAACAAGCAGAUGAUUUCAUAUUUUCAGGGUAGACAGGCAGCAGUGUACACCCUCCACAUCUGCAGUACAGAACAAGACAUCCCGAAAUGAAAAGAGAAUAUAUUGUACAUUAAUUCUGCAGUAACUCAUUUAAAACAAGCUGCAUGUCGGGUCUCUCUUUGAUAAUCGACUGCCAUUAUUUCCUUUUAUAACCGUCUCUGUCUUUCUCAGGUUCUGUGUAUCACGUAUCCCUUUUAGUGUUGCAUGUCCCAAUAAUGCUGCUUUGUAUAACAUUGAGGGAAAAUCUUCCAUCAAUAUCAAUAUAUUGCUGAAAAAUGUAAAUUUGCAACAAGUUCUUGGACCUUUAAACAGAAAACACUACCGAUCCACAUCUACUGUAUAUACCUCGAUUCUCCUCUAAGCCUGUAUUAUCUGUAAAUGAUACAUACAAUGUAAUUCUGUAAUGUUAUAACAGUCUGUUGUCGCUGUGAAUGUGUAAUUAGAUACUAGGUUAAUUUAAAUAUAUGUCUAGUUUAAAAAUCUUAUCAAUGUUUACUUUUUCCUGUGAUAAUUACCGUGACAACGAAUGAAACUAAACCGCUCAUUCUAAAUACAAGGGAAGACCGUCUGCACUAUACUACCAUUAUAAGCAAUGAAUGAAUUCCUUUCACCAUUCAAGGUCUGGAAAGCAUAUAAUGUAAAUAAAACUGAAGUUAAACAAGUA